UACACGAGAGGAAUCCGGAAGCGCCGGGCGCUGGUCUGGCGGCCGCUGGGGCCCAGGAUCCCGGCUGGGGUCCAGGAUGUCUGCUCAUCGGAAGCACGUGUUUACUGAAAAAGUGCUGAAGAGACUUUUUCCUAAUGUUUCAAGUGGCAGAGAUAAGGGGACACCUCAGACUCCUGCCUUGGAGACACCACCCAAGAAUGUGACCCCUGAGGCGGUACAGCACACGCAUGAUCAUAGGCCGACAGAUGGCGACAUUAAGACCCAGCCUGAACGUCGGCUCUACACUGUGAGUUUGCCUCCUCCAGGGUAUAUUCCUAGUUUGCCGGAACCUACCAGCUGUUCGAACUCUGAAAAUGCUUCCAGUGGUGGCGACACAGAAGCAGAGCCGGAUCACCAUGAUCAACCAAAAAGGAAAAGAAUUAGAAAACGCAAAUCCAAGAAAAACGUUAAAGACCUCAAUGAUGUUGCUAUAAAGCAAGCAGAACUAGAGAUGCAGCCAGGUCUCUCACAAGAGAAAAUGCAUCCAGAGCAUCCGGAUGCCCCCAAGAUGAGCAAAAACAAGAGAAGGAAGCUGAAAAAGAAGCUGCAGCUGAGGAGGAAGAGAGCGGCGGGCUUAGUCAAGGCCUUCGGGAUCACCUUCCUGUACCAGCCUGAGAGCAGCAGCGAGGCAGACGGUGACGACGACGUCGAGAGAGGAGAGGCCGAGGGUGACCAGCAGGGCUCGGUCUCAGGCCCCACCCAGGAAGACAUCGAACUCGCCAACAGUAAGACAGACAGCCUCCUGAGUUUCCUCAAGUCAACACAAGAAAUUUAUUUUUAUGAUGAUACUUCCAAAGACAUCGAUCCAGCUGUGUGUGUAGAAACCACAGAAGAGCUGCUGAGCCUCCUUGAGUCUCGGAGCAUGCCUCCCUCGGAUGUGCUCAUUCUGGACCACAUGAAAACUCUGCUGCUCCUGCAGGACACUGAGAGGCUGCAGAGCGCUCUGAAGAUGUUCCCAGAGCACUGCAUGAUGCCUCCUGACCAUGCCAGAGUAAUCUCAGCUUUCUUUAAUUAUUGGAUCACACAUAUUCUUCCUGAACAAAAAGCCAGUGAAUAAAACAGUACCUCUUUAAGAAGAGCUAUCUACUAUUUACAAGAAGAUGUUAAAUACAAAUAUGGGUGAACUGAGACUUCAUUCUUGUACAUAAAGAUUUAUUUUCUUUGUGAAUCAAACCGGAGACAUUGAAGACAUUUCUACCUUAUUAUUUAUUUCUGUGUUUGUAUAUAGUUGGUAAGAUGUUAAGUGAGAAAUUGGGGUAAAAUUGAAGUGUUUCACUUGCUUAUUGUUACAUAUGUAUUGGGUUAUUAUAUAAAUAGAUUUUUUCUAAAAAAAAAAUAAAUAAAUAGAUUUUUUCUAAUGCUUGUAAUAAUUUAAAACAGACAUUUUAUUAAAUAAACAAUAUAGUUUAAAGUUAUCAUAUUUGUUAUAAAAAAAAUCACCUUGUGUCUGAAAACCAUAAUGCCUAGGGAGGUGGCCCAGCGUGUAAGGACUCUAGCUAUGCAAGUGAUGCUGGGGGUUUGGUCCCCGAAACCCAAAGCUCUUGCCAUGGCACACAUCUGUAAUCCCAGCAUGCCUACAGCAAGAUGGGAGAUGGGAGAAUUUCCUGGAGGUUCCCCAGCCAGCUCACCCGAAGUCUGCAGCGCAGCAGCAGAAACAGAGACCCUGCCUCAGCAAGGCGGAAGGCAGGAACCUGCUCUCAAGAGCCUACUCCUGAACAUUAUUCUCUGACGUCCACUGUGGCGUGUGUGCACCCGCACUCACAAACACACAUGCACACGCAUGCACACACGAAACAAUACUUCUUAAAAUGCUAUAUGGCAUUUUAAAUACUUUUUAAAUACCAUAUUAAUCACAAGUUCUACCUGGCUACCAAAAAGUUUAAAUAGUUUGGUUAUAACUGAACUUAUUCUCUUCCCUCUUGUCGACAUUAGAAAUGGUAUAAAGAAUCUGUUUUUCUUGUUUUAUCUUUCUUUGUAUCAAGGCAACAGCCACCAGUUUCUAUACGUUGAGUUCUAAAAGCAUUGGUCACUUGACCGCGCAGGUGCCGGGGAAGACACAGAUUCACCAGUCAUUAGCUCUAUCCGUGAAAAUAUAAUAUGAAUAAAAUGAACUUCAUGUCUACUCAUUUUGGAGUAGUAAUGAGUUCUCCCUGGCACCACGGUUGACCCUGCCCUGGCAUUAUAAGUCUGUGUCACCAUCCUGCUCAAUUUGAAUCUUUUUUUUUUCCCCUGGAGACAGGGUUUCUCUGUGUUGUUUUGGUGCCUGUCCUGGAACUCGCUCUGUAGAUCAGGCUGGCCUGGAACUCACAGAGAUCCGCCUAGCUCUGCCUGCCUCCCGAGUGCUGGGAUUAAAGGUGUGCGCCACCACCGCCCCACCUCAAUUUGAGUCUUUUAAAAGUGAAACGUUUAUCGGAGGUGUUCAACACAUAGCUCAGAGACUGGCUGCCCAGGACAGUUAGGAAGGUAGCCCAACACAAAAUUAUAAAUGAACUUACUUAAAACAAUAAGAAUGUUUCCUUACUUCUUCCUUUUAUUUAUGUUUGUUGUUGUUGUUUGUUUGUUUUUCAAGACAAGGUUUUUCUGUGUAGCCUUGGCUGUCCUGGAACUCACUCUGUAGACCAGGCUGGCCUCAAACUCGCAGAGAUCCAACUGCCACUGUCCCCCGGGUGCUGUGAUUAAAGGUGUGCACCACCACCACCACCACCACCAACAGACUUCUUUUUUUUUUUUUAACUUGGAAGCUUAAGUGUGGACACUAUGAAUGACAAUAUGUGUCACAUGUUGUACGUGUUCUUGAUACCUGGACACAUUGAUGGUUUUAGUUCUAUGGGGGUGCUGUCUCCCACACACAGACAGUUGGGUUAGCGCCGUCCAUCAGUGUUGCAACAUCUCCUGGUGCCUUGAGAGUAGGAUGCAGCUGUUAUCAGUGACGUUUUCAUCGCCUGGUGCAAACGACAGGUGUUCAGCGUUAGAAGACAGACAAAUGUCCUUAUCUGAGCAAUAAAGGUAUUUCUGCCCUCAGCCACGCCAUGCGUCAUCCACCGCACUUCACAGCCCUCACUUCCCCAAGCCCUCCCUGCCUUCUUUUCCCCGUCAGUUCAUUUUCAUAAUAAAAUUACAUGUAGUCCCUUA